AUGUGGCUCGAGAACUACUGGGGGCACUGGCUCGAGGGGACCCCCGUGCAGGACGGCGAGGUCUCCACCGGCGACGACGCCAUGACUUCGGUGCCCGCGUCGAUGUACUGGUGCAGUAUCUUCCUGACGGGGGAGUGGGCCAACGUGGACUUCACCUUUGCCGCCUCCCGCCUGUGCAUCCUCUACGUGAUAUUCGGCAUCGCCAUGUUCUCGAUCCCGGUGGGCAUCAUCGUGGAGGCCGUGCAGAGCACCAUAGAGUUGAUAGCGCAGGAGGAGGCGGACGUGCAAACCUGGGAGGCUCCGCCGGCCGACUCCGACGAGGGCAAGGGGAGGAGCAUCAGGAAGACCGUCCAGAGCGCCGCCCUGCUCAAAGAGCGGGGCAGCAGGGGCAGCGCGGAGCUGGAGAUGGUGACGGUCUCCCGCGGCUGA